AUGGAGAAAAGGAACGGACAAGGGUCCACCUGGGGUUGGUGUGUGGAAACAGGAGGAAAAGAAGCGACGGAAGGAGCAAGAGGAGAAGGCAGAGAUCAAGUGCUUAAAAAAUUCUGGGAAGUAGCGGAAGCGGCUAGAGCGGGUGGGCAGCAAGGCAAGGUGCGCUCUGCACAGGGCCCUUACGCGGCCGCCUGGGCAUGUCGGACUUCCACGAAUUCCAGCGGCAGCUCAACCAGAAUAAGCAAGAGUGAGACAAGGAGAACCCGCACCGCAAGCGCAGCCACAGCCGCUAACGCAGCCAGGACCGCAAGCACCGCACCGGAGCCGCGACAGGCGCAACCUGGACCAGCGGAGUGCAUCCUGGGACCGGCGGCGAUGAAGCAAACCUUUGACCAGAUACAAGGCCAUGCAAGCUGCGGGUCGGAUUCUCUGAAUAUUGUGGACAGCAUUGAGAGUUUCGUGGCUGACAUUAAUAGCAGCCACUGGGACACAGUUUUACAGGCUAUACAGUCUCUGAAAUUGCCAGACAAAACCCUCAUUGACCUCUAUGAACAGGUUGUUCUGGAAUUGAUAGAACUCCGUGAAUUGGGGGCUGCCAGGUCUCUUCUGAGACAGACUGACCCUAUGAUCAUGUUAAAACAAACGCAGCCAGAGCGGUAUAUUCAUCUGGAGAACCUCUUGGCCAGGUCUCAUUUUGAUCUUCGUGAGGCACACCCUGAUGGAAGUAGCAAAGGGAAGAGAAGAGCAGCAAUUGCUCAGGCCUUAGCUGGGGAAGUCAGUGUGGUGCCUCCAUCUCACCUCAUGGCAUUGCUGGGGCAGGCGCUGAAGUGGCAGCAGCACCAGGGGUUGCUUCCUCCUGGCAUGACCAUAGAUUUGUUCCGAGGCAAAGCAGCUGUCAAAGAUGUGGAAGAAGAAAAGUUUCCUACACAGCUGAGCAGGCAUAUUAAGUUUGGUCAGAAAUCACAUGUGGAGUGUGCUCGAUUUUCUCCAGAUGGUCAGUAUUUGGUCACUGGGUCUGUUGAUGGAUUCAUUGAAGUAUGGGACUUCACAACUGGAAAAAUCAGGAAGGAUCUUAAAUACCAGGCCCAGGAUAACUUUAUGAUGAUGGAUGAUGCUGUUCUCUGCAUGUGUUUCAGCAGAGAUACAGAAAUGUUAGCAACCGCUCAAGAUGGAAAAAUCAAGGUAUGGAAAAUUCAGAGUGGACAGUGUUUAAGGAGAUUUGAAAGGGCACACAGUAAAGGUGUCACCUGUCUAAGCUUUUCUAAGGACAGCAGCCAGAUCCUUAGUGCCUCUUUUGACCAGACAAUUAGAAUUCAUGGUUUAAGAUCUUGGAAGACCCUGAAGGAAUUUCGUGGCCAUUCUUCCUUUGUUAAUGAAGCAACAUUUACACAAGAUGGACAUUAUAUUAUUAGUGCGUCCUCUGAUGGCACUGUAAAGAUAUGGAAUAUGAAGACCACAGAAUGUUCAAAUACCUUUAAAUCCCUGGGCAGCACUGCAGGGACAGACAUCACUGUCAACAGUGUGAUCCUGCUUCCUAAAAACCCAGAGCACUUUGUGGUGUGCAACAGAUCAAACACAGUGGUCAUCAUGAACAUCAGAAGCUUCAGCUCUGGUAAGAGAGAAGGCAGUGACUUUGUUUGCUGCGCCCUCUCUCCCCGUGGUGAAUGGAUUUACUGUGUGGGAGAGGACUCUGUGCUCUACUGUUUUGGCACAGUCACUGGCAAACUGGAGAGAACUCUGACAGUUCAUGAGAAGGAUGUGAUUGGUAUUGCACAUCAUCCUCAUCAGAACCUGACUGCUACCUACAGUGAAGAUGGACUCCUAAAACCCUGGAAACCCUAA